CAGGCCAGGCCAGGCCAGGCCAGAUCAUAAUGGGCUUGGCAGGUCAGCGACCUUCCUCAGCAACUGAUUUCAGCAUACCAAAACCAGCCGUAAGACUCUCUGACUGCGCCAGAAUAGGAUACUCCACUGCACUGUUCCUUUUCUGGCCAAGACCCGAGGUGUCGUAUUUCUUCACCAAGAACAGACAUUUAGAACAAGGAUCAUGGGGCAGUGAAGCUGAGCCCAGCUUUUAAGGGGUGUUUCGAUUGCCCGGAUUGCCAGUCAGCCGUAGCUAGCAAACCUUAUUUCACAUGAAAAGGAGAAUAGCGGAACGUCAUCAUCCAAGUGCGACAGUGCCCCGACUCCCCGUGCCAGACAGUGUACUAAGUAUGUUCAGAGACCGGGAGGAGGCGGAGGCGGUGGUGGACGACAGCAGCAAGCAUGGUGGCCGCCUGCGAAGCUUCCCCCACGAGCGAGGCAACUGGGCGACGCAUGUCUACGUGCCUUAUGAGGCGCAAGAGGAUUUCCUGGACCUGCUUCAGCUCCUCCUCCAGCACGCUCGGACCUACGUGCCUUCCCUGACGGCAGUGUCAGAAUUCCACAUCAGCCUCUCCCAAGUCGUGGUCCUGCGCUAUCACUGGAUAAACCCUUUUGUCCAGUCCCUCAAAGAACACCUGGCCACCUUCCACAGGUUCAUUUGCAGAGCAGACCACUUGAAGGUGUACACCAACGAGGCCAAAACCAGGACCUUCGUGGGCUUGGAGGUUUCUUCUGGCAGUUCUCAGUUCUCGGAUCUUGUUUCUGAAGUGGACCGAGUCAUGGAGGAUUUUAACCUGACCCCGUUCUAUGAGAACCCAUCGUUCCAUCUCAGCCUCGCGUGGUGUGUCGGGAACCUCUCGAAAGAACUCCGAGGCCGGUGUCUUCAGGAGCUCCAGGAGAUUGUGGAUGGGUUUGAGGACUCUGCGUUCCUUCUGCGACUCCCUGGCACCGAAGUUCGUUGCAAGUCUGGCAAGAAGGUGUUUUCCUUCCCUCUGCGGUAGGAACCCUGGAGCAGCGGGCUUUGAACCUGGACUGGCUUGGCCAUGGGGCAGCGUCACCCCUCCCGGUGGGAGGUGUUGCCUUCGUGGCUAUCAUGAAUGCCUUUGCUGUGCAGCUGCUACACGGGCAGCCGCUGUUUCAUUCCGGUGCAAUUCUUGGGCAAGUUUUGGCAAGUGGAAAUUUGGGGCACAGAAGGCGAUGGUGCUCUUCUGUGAGGAAGGCAAUGCAGCGACGUCUCUCGGGGAGCUCUGAGACCCGGUUGUGUAGGGGCCUGACCUGGAGGAAGGUGCUCUUCUGUUAAGAAGCCUCGGGACCCUGUCCUUUGAACACAGAUGGUGCUGCACAAGCAGCUCUCGGCCCUGAGCAUCCCUGUCCAUUGGAGAGCAGCAAAGGCAUCUGGUGGUUGUCAGGGAGGACCGUUGGCUGAAAAAAGCAAGCGUGAAAAAUAGAAUUACAGAGAUGUUUCAUGGGCUGUAUCAAAAGCCAGACGAACGUAUCUGCACCCAGGCUGGGUGGGGAGGAGAGAGACAGCCCUGGUUCACGGGCAGACAAACGCCAGGGGGCAGUGCUGGCUCGGGAAAGCGGCAGCGUGCGGUUCUGCCGCUCACUGUGUCUGGUUUGUAAGACAUCUAGAGCCAGACUCUCUGGUUUCCAAGUUUUGUAGGGGUGACCAUGACAGUUUAAGGAAUUUAAGCACAUCAGGAUGGCUGUAGGAAGAGGCUGUGGCCAUUACAAAGCUUCCCGUUGAACUGGAUCCACAUGCCAGUUUCAAAAAGGCAUUCAGGUUAGCACCUUUCUACUAUUAAAAGCAUAAGCUGUCUUUUGACUGGAGAGACAUUUAUAAAAGUGUAAAACAUGGAAAGCAAUAAAAAUGCGAACCCCAA